CAAUCUCACCAGUCGUGCAUUGCCCAUUGCCCUCUCGAUUACUUCUACGCCAAGGACCACCGCUGCGUGCCAUGCACCACGUGCGGCAUGUGCACUUGGGCCUCUACCUCAUGCUCCGCGUCCUUCGACGUCGUCUGCUCUCCCUGGACCGAGUGCAAGCCGGGUCAGAAGGAGUCAGUCUCUGGCAACGCCUACCAGCCGCUGCCGGACCGCGCCUCGUGCUUCCCCACCAGCGUGUGCGAGGAGCCCUUCAUCGAGACCAUCCUGCCCACGCUCACCACGGACCGCCUGUGCUCCUGCGACACGCUUACAUGCAACAAGCUCGUCACGCAGUUGUUUGAGGAGAUGGUGUGCGCUGACCCCACGGACGAGCAGCUCGACGUGGUGCUUGACGUGUGCUGCUCCGGCCAGGGCGAGGAUGGCAUCUGCGACACCAUUUGCCAGAUGGACGCCUACGAGGCACGCCGCUCCUGCCCAGGCUGCACAGACACGUGCGAGUGCAGCGCUGGCUUUAUCCUCGUCUACGACGCCGACUCGGCCGACUGUCGGCCGUGCGACGGCGUGACGGAGUUCUCCCCAUCCAUUGGCGGCAGCAAAUGCGAGCCCAUUGAGGAGUGCGAGUGCGGCCAGGAGGAGGUCUCCGCGCCAACCCGCUCCUCGGACCGCGUGUGCCGCGACUGCUCGGCCGGCACCAUCGAUUCGGACAGUGACGGCUCCACGGGCUCCCACGACUCCUGCUCCAGUUUCACCUGCUGCGCAGGCACUCAUCACCAUCACGAUAGCGACCCCGCCAGACCACGUGCAAGGACGUCACAGAGUGCGCGCUCGGGGUUUGAGGAGAUGCAGGCCAUGACCCUCCUCAUCAGCGACCGCAUCUGCGACGAGUGCCCGGAGCGCAAGUACAAGGCUGUCUCUGGCCAGGGCGUGCCCUGUCUCCCCGUCACCACCACGUACGACGCCGGCGAAGAGGAGACGGCCGAGCCCACCCCAACGAGCGACCGCGUGUGCAGCCAGUGCGAGCUUGGCGCCACCUUCAAGCCCGUCGACGGCCAGGCCGAGUCGUGCCGCCCUGUCACGCAGUGCGGUCCGGAUGAGGAAGAGAUUCGCUUUGUGAACCCACGCGCCAGCGCGACCGCCUCUGCCAGUACAUUUCCACGCAUGGCCGUGAGCAAGUGCGAGUUUGGCACCUUCCAGAGUCAGGCGCCCACGCUCGACUCUGACCGCGAGUGCACGGAGUGCUCCGAGUGUCCCAGUGGUCGUUUCGAGAUUCGCGCCUGCUCCGCGCUGGAGCACGUGCAGUGCGCCGGCUGCUCCGCGUGCCCGCCAAAUACAUACAUCCUGCACGCCUGCGACUCGGAGAACGACGUGUCUUGCCAGCAGUGCAGCACGUGCUCUGACGAGCAGUACCAGCGCGCCAUGCACCGCCACCAACGACACAGAGUGCACGACGCUCGACUGCAACCCGUCGACGGAGUGCGAGCGCACCGCCUGUGCCACCUCAUCACCAAGUGCGACCCUGGCAAACAGCGCAUGCGCGCAUUCACCCCCACCUCCGACGCCAAGUGCGAGCCGUGCCCCAUCGGCACCACCGACCACGACCGCAACCCGCUCAGCGCCUGCCAGCCGUGCCCCUAUGGCCACUAUGUGCCUGCAGGCUACCCCGGCUCCUGUGAGCAGUUCCUGUGCCCAGCCGGCACCGCCGACCUGGACCGCAACGCCAGCACACGCCGUGCACGCCGUGCCAGGUUGGCCUUGACUUUGCCGCGCUCUCUGGCCCAGCGCGAUUGCACUACUGUGGCGGAGUGCGACCUCGGCUACGAGGAGAUGGUGCGCCCUGCUAUGCGCCCCACCAUCUUCACCGACCGCCAGUGCCACCGCUGCAUCGAGGGCCUGUUCUACCGCGACAGCAACACGGACUUCUCCACGCGCCACAGACCGCGAGUGCCAGAUGGGCCGCACGUGCCCCAACAACAGCACGUUCAUCUCGUGCCCGCUCACGCCCACGACAGAGAACCACAGGCAUCUGCUCGCCGUGGACGCAGUGCCUGUUCAACAAUGUACGAGCUCGUUUCGGCGUCGCUGGUCAACGACCGCGAGUGCCAGCGCGUGCGCUCGCGCGAGGACACGGAGUAUGAGCGACGCAGUUUGAGGGGCUCCCACCGUGCGUGCGUGCCCGCGUACUCUGUCUCGCUCGUCUUUGACGCCAAGUUCAACGUCCUUGCCGGCAGGCAGUCGCGCCGCGGGGCGUUUGAGCCCGCGCUGGGGUCCAUCAUCGCCACCGUCGCUUCCCUCAACGAGGACUUUACGGCUCGCCUCUUCAACCGAUCCGUCUCUGGCGACGUCACCGUCAUGGGCUCCACCGCAUCGCCGUGCGAGGCCGACGUGUCCUGGACGACUCGUCCCUUUGGUUGCACGGGACAGCAACAGCAUCCAUCAUCGUUGCACACGCUGUGA